GUCCGAACCUUCAACGACGGCCCAUUCAAUUCAUCCUCCUUCUCCCUCCCUUCUUUGACCGACCGCCUCUCCCUCACGCACUACACUAAUACUAUAACUGUAAUAAAACAAUUCAAAUCACGCGGAGUAUGGUAUAUUUACGUAUGCAACCGAUUGAAGAAUGUUCAUCCGUUACUUUAAUUCUAAUCUCGAUAAUCUGAAUCAUUAGUCCUUUUCCUCCACGUUGACUCGUCGCUAAUUGCUAAGUUGUUGCGGGCCGCAAUCACGCACGUGGUUUCUGGGACGGCGGAGAUGGUGACGGAGGCGCAUUUGUUGGAAUGCUUGGUUCCGUCGUGGUGGGAGGUGCAGGUCACCGUUUUCGCUGCGGCCUUCUUCAUCUUCACGUAUUGGUUUUUCACACUCGGCGGUAACGCCUGCUUUGACGAUCGCGGCUCCGCCAGCGACUUUUCCAGCGCAGUUGAAGAUAGAGAUAAGAUCAGCCAGUUGAAAGAUGGUUUCCAAGGUACUUCCGUAUUCAUUGUUAAGGUUGAACUGCUAGCAGCUAAGAAUCUUGUUGCUGCUAAUCUGAAUGGCACGUCAGAUCCAUAUGCAAUCAUUUCUUGUGGCACACAAAAGCGUUUCAGUUCAAUGGUUCCUGGUUCAAGAAAUCCUAUGUGGGGAGAGGAGUUCAACUUUUCUGUUGAUGAACUUCCUGUAGAGAUCAAUGUUACAAUACAUGACUGGGAUAUAAUAUGGAAAAGUGCAGUUCUUGGCUCAGUGACUGUUCUAGUUGAAAAUGAAGGUCCCGCUGGAGCCAUUUGGCAUCCAUUGGAUAGUCCAUCGGGGCAGGUGUGUCUUCAUAUCGAGACUAUAAGAUCCAAUGUAAAUUCUUUUAGAGGUUUGAAGGACUUUGGUGAUGCUCAUACUCGGAAGAGAAUUAAUUUGGAAAAUGAGGGGCCAACUGUAGUUCACCAGAAGCCAGGACCAUUGCAAACAAUAUUUGAACUCCCUGCAUAUGAGGUUGUUAAACAUAGUUACUCCUGUGCACUUGAGAGGUCUUUUUUGUAUCACGGGCGCAUGUAUGUCUCCUCAUGGCACAUCUGCUUCCACUCAAAUGUAUUCUCAAAGCAAAUGAAGGUAGUCAUCCCGUUCGGUGAAAUAGAUGAGAUUAGGAGGAGUCAACAUGCGUUUAUUAACCCUGCUAUCACAAUUAUUCUCCGUGUGGGAGCGGGCGGCCAUGGUGUGCCACCUUUAGGAAAUCCAGAUGGUAGGGUAAGGUAUAAAUUUGCUUCAUUUUGGAACAGAAACCAUGCACUGCGGGGUUUGCAGCGUGCAACAAAAGAUUAUCAUUCAAUGUUAGAAGCUGAGAAGAAGGAGAGGGAACAUUCAGCACUACGUGCACACAGCAGCUCUAUCAAGGGUGGUAAUCAAUUAGCUGAGAGUCCAAAGGCAAGUGUGCCGAAGGCACAUAAGUUCCAACCAUUUGUAAAAGAGGAAGUGCUUACUGGUAUAUAUAAUGAUGUUUUCCCAUGCAACGCUGAGCAAUACUUUGAAAUACUUUUGAGCGAUGGUUCAAAUUUCACACAAGAAUAUCGUGCAGCAAGAAAGGAUUCAAGUCUCACAAUUGGUCAAUGGCAUUCUGCUGACGAAUAUGAUGGUGAAGUUAGAGAACUUAAAUUCAGGUCUCUUUGCAACAGUCCAAUGUGCCCACCAGAUACAGCCAUGACAGAAUAUCAGCAUGCUGUUCUUUCUUCUGAUAAAAGAAAGCUGGUGUUUGAGACUGUACAGCAGGCACUUGAUGUCCCAUUUGGAUCCUAUUUUGAGAUUCAUUGUAGGUGGUCGUUGGAAACUAUUUCUGAAUCCUCCUGCUCCGUGGUUAUAACCGCUGGUGUACAUUUUAAGAAAUGGUGUGUUAUGCAAUCUAAAAUCAAGACUGGUGCAAUCAGUGAGUAUAAAAAGGAAGUGGAGUUAAUUCUAGAUGUGGCUCGUUCAUAUAUCAACACUCCCAAAAGUUCUGCAGUGGAGAACAAUACUUCAGCAUCUUCACCACCAAUUACUGAGUAGUUUUGACAAGUUCAAAUAUACAUACACACACACACACACACGGAAAGAGCUACGCACAUUUUAAUUUGUUGUAAUUUAUUGUUCUCUUUGAAUCCAUAGUGGUUUGUAUGUUAGGCACGUCCCUAAACAGUAACAGCUGCUUGACCUUAUGGUGAUCCUUUUCAUUUAUCCUUUUAUGUUUUACAUACUCUAGUAGAGAGAAGCGUCACCCAUGUUUUUUUAUUUUAAUGUCGAGCUAUUCAACAGUUUUUGUUUGAUUCUCAGUAUACUAUCCUUUCAAAUAUAAGGACAAAAUACAAUUUUGGUCGUGUAACUAACUAUUGGUAUUAUACACUUUUUUUU